AUGGUGCCGUUCUUGUCCGCAGCGUCGUCGGCGUCGAUGGCGCCCUCGACACGCAGUGCGGAGCCCAAGCUGGCCUCUGUGAGCUAUGUGGCACUGGAUGCCAUCGCGGCCGGCAUCUGCGGUACGCCGUUCUACGACACCGAGUUUAUUGUGCCACACAAGGGUCGGGACGAGACGCUGUAUGCGCACUCGCAUGUGAUCAAGACAUCGUGCCCGACGCUCUAUCGGAUGAUCCAGAAGAACAGCACGCUGCGUCUCGACUCGAUGGAGGUGCAGACUGCCCUUCCAUCCGCGGCGGCCUCGACGGCCGGUGGCGACACAGCCUCGUUGACGCCUAGCUGUAUCACGGAGGAGACGUUUGCGGAUGCACCGUCCGAGGAGGAGACCGAGUAUGCCGACGACGACGAUACGAUCGAGGAAGAGUCGAUCAUGUCAGUGCCCGCCUCGACGCAGGAGCCGUCGAGCGGACGCGUCCCUCCAGGCGUCGUGCCGACCCGUGCCUCGAUGCGUGGCCCCGAAGCGCCGCCCAAGCUGAGCUCGCCCAUCCACAUCCAAGGCUCCGAGGCGUCGCUGCCUUCGAUCCCGAAGAGCUUGGCACCGAUCGCGAACAACGCUGCGCGUCGCGGCCCCGAGUCUUUCCGUGGCGCCUCGUUCUUCAAGAGCCUGCGCAAGAAGAAGGACACCAUCCAGGACUCUGAGCCGAUAGCCGAGCUCGAACAGGCGCGUCUCCGUCAUGCUGAGCCCAAUACGCCCAUGACGGGCACACUCGCUGCGCCGCCAGCUCUUCCGCGUGCGUCAGCGCCGCCUACUGAGUCUGCCGAGGCUGGUCCUCGACGUGCGCGACACGCGUCGGCGGCGUCUGUUCAGCAUGCUGGCCGUACGUCGUCGCGGGCAUCAAGGACCACGCGCAGCGCCGGCCGCAGCCGCCCGUCGUCGCAUGGACGUGUCCCAGGCGUGCGUCGUGUCGUGGUCAGAGGCGUGUCGCCACGCACGCUCCAGGCCCUGUUGUUUUACCUGUACACGAACCAAGUGCACUUUGUCACGAUGCCGCACAUCCCGCCGCACGGCCACCUGAACGAGAUCCAUGAAGAGGCCCUCGCGCACCUCGGCGACGGAUCGCGCCAAAACGCCGGGGUGUGGCCGCCGGCGUUCUCGAACAAGGCCGCCUACUGCCUGGGUCAGCAGCUGGAUUUGCCGGAUCUUAAGCUGCGUGCCUUCGACAGCAUCAGCCAGAAUAUGUCGGUGCGCUCUGUGCUUGCCGAUCUUCUUUCGCCGUUUGGCGACCGCUUUGGCGACGUGCAGCGCGUGCAUCUGGACUUUAUCAUGCAGCACUGGGACGAAGUCAAGACGCGGCCAGACUUUGUGCCGAUUGUCGAAAAUCUCGCGCAUGGCCAAUACCCCAAGUCGAGCGCGAGUCUGUUCCAGCUGUUCUCCAAACUGAGCGUGCAACCUUGA